GCGAAAAUUGCGUUGUUUAUGUUUGGAUUUCAGGCUGUUGUUGUGUCUCACAGGACAGCAGCACAGCACAUUUCUGCCUGUUGCGUGUCCAUCCAGAUCACAUCACGUCGAACACCAGCGCACCCUAUCCUCCUUAGCCUUCCCCCACCUUCCUCCCCUCACUCUCGGGCGUUGACGCAGCCAUGUUGCUGUCUCGCAUGGUGAAGCACUCCAGGAAGGCCGGAGCAGGGCUGCUGGCCGUGGGUGUGCGGAUUGUGGCGGAUGAGACGGAUCCAACGCCGUAUGCGCCGCUGCACGUGGCCCACAAGUACCCACACUCCUCCUCGUCCUCAUCGUCGUCAAAGGCACACUUGUAUUCGUCUGCCUUUCCCGGCGGGGACCGCGACGCGCUUGUGCCGCGCGAGGUUGACCCGUCCCUCGCCGUGCUGCACCAGUGCGGCACUGAUGUUGACCCGGAUCUCCUGCUCGCAGACUGGCGCAUGCACGAGAUCAAGAAUGGGCCGCUCAUGAGCAACGGUGCCGCCCGUGAUGAGCUGGAGGCGUGGGAGCGCGAGCUGCUCUCGUUCAAGGAAAAGGAAUCCCUUGUCCCCGUGAGCCAGUCCGAGGAGCUGAACAAGAAGCUGGACAUCCUCUAUGGCCGCCACGUCAUCGAGGUCACCCUCGGUCUCAGCGACGCCGGCUUUCAAGCGUUCAAAGAAGCUGGCUUCAAGCGCCUGCACAAGCGUCUGGACACGCUUCGUCGCCGCCGUGAUGCAAUUGAGGCUGCUCUCGAAGCAGACGACAUUCCAAAGGCCAUGGAUCUCACUCGCCGCGCCCUCCUCGCAUGCCAGAGGUUUGAGCAGCACCUUGCCCGGGUGUUGCGGGAGAUUCGGUUUGAGGAGCGCGUGCACAGCUCGCGCGCAAAGAAAGCGCUCAGCAUCGCCACUGCCGGUGGAUUUGUCAUUGUCGGCGUCACGUUCGACUUCUUCGGUGUUCUCCCAGCAGGGCUUGUGUCAUCAGCUGCGAUGGAGACCAUCACCAAGUUUGUGACGGCAGGCAUGGUGCUGUGCUGCAGCUACGCUGCCUUUGCUUAUUUGCACAGCUUGGAGGCCAGGCAGUACGUGCACCAGUUGCGCCGCAUUGGCCUCGACAUUGAAUCGUUCAAGCACGAGUGA